AAACAGAGCAACAAAAGAAGUGGGGAAAACGCAUGAACUUGUAGGUUGCAACUUGCAAGUUUACGAAGCUGUCUCUAGUUGAGACCGAGGGAAUCUUCACCCGUCUCUUACAUUACAUACAGGAGGAAGGAUCUCUUACAAAAGACAACAAGAGGAUGUAUUAUUAUAAUAUCUAUCCUCAGGACAUGGAGAUAUUUCACAAGGCAACAAUCCGAAAAGUCCGCCGACUGUGGGUCUGCCGGGACAGGCCUAUGGAACAAACGUCCAAAACUGCACCAUUUCGAGAGGCGGGACCUCUUCCCAGCCUUUGUCGUCGACAGAAAGGUCAAGAAGAGCAGUGAUUGGAGGAGGGGAAGAAGAGUAGUAUCAGUCAGACAUUUGAACCGCAUCUUUCUCCCUACAAAUGUCACACCCAUGGAUCCAGGAAUGGUCAGUAGAGCUUCCAACUAGUGUCUCAAACUUCCAUCUCAGGAGCUCAAUUUAGAGAAACCAUGGAGAGUUUCAGUGAAGAAUCAACCAAUGAUCAGGUUGGAGGAAAAAGUUACUGGAGAUGGAGCAAGCAAGAUUUCUUCCCAGAAGAGUCAUUCAAAAGUUGGGGAUCCUACAGAUCUGCGCUGCGGCAGAUGUGUUUCCGGCUCAAGGAUAGGAUCAAAAGCAGGUCGGAUGAUGCCACCGAGCUUGGGGAGCUCAGGAAGCGGAGCGAGAACGACAUGAAACGUUGUCUGAACUGGUGGGAUCUCACAUGGUUCGGAUUCGGGUCGGUCAUCGGAGCAGGCAUUUUCGUGCUCACUGGCCAAGAAGCCCAUAAGCAUGCCGGACCGGCCAUCGUCCUGUCCUAUGCAGCAUCUGGUGUGUCUGCUAUGCUUUCUGUCUUCUGCUACACGGAAUUCGCAGUAGAAAUUCCCGUGGCCGGUGGAUCUUUUGCUUACUUGAGAGUAGAGCUAGGAGAUUUUGCUGCCUUCAUAACGGCAGGGAACCUUCUCCUGGAAAGCAUUGUCGGGACUGCAGCGGUUGCCAGGGCUUGGACUUCAUACUUCACAAGCUUACUGAACCGUCCCUCCAACUCGUUACGCAUACAUACAGGUCUUCGGGAGGGUUACAAUCUCCUGGACCCGAUCGCCGUUGCUGUUCUGACUAUUGCCGCCAUAAUUGCAAUGAUCAGCACGAGGCAGGCUUCGUCCAUCAACUGGAUAGCAUCUGCAAUCAACACCGUGGUAAUUCUGUUUGUCAUAAUUGCGGGAUUUAUUCACGCAGACACUUCAAAUUUGACACCUUUUAUGCCUUAUGGGGCGAAAGGGGUCUUCCAAGCGGCGGCUGUGGUAUAUUUUGCAUAUGGUGGGUUUGAUAAUAUCGCUACCAUGGCCGAGGAAACAAAGAACCCGAAAGAUAUACCUCUAGGACUGCUCGGAUCAAUGUCGAUCAUCAUGGUGAUAUAUUGCUUGAUGGCUCUGGCGCUUGGCAUGCUGCAGAAGUACACAGAAAUAGACGAAAAUGCAGCCUACUCUAUAGCUUUUCAAAGUGUGGGAAUGAGGUGGGCGAAGUACCUGGUAGCUCUUGGUGCUCUUAAGGGCAUGACGACAGUUCUUCUCGUCGGGGCGCUUGGCCAAGCACGGUACACCACUCAUAUUGCACGAGCCCACAUGAUACCGCCAUGGUUUGCCCUUGUCCACCCGAAAACCGGAACUCCCAUCAACGCAACCAUUCUGAUUACUGUUUCGAGUGCUCUCAUUGCUUUCUUCUCCAGCCUCGACGUUCUUGCAAGCUUGUUAUCCGUAAGCACACUAUUCGUUUUCAUGAUGAUGGCGGUCGCUCUUCUCGUGAGGAGGUACUAUGUGCUCGACAAAACACCUCAACAGAACCUGUUGAAGCUGGUUGCAUUCUUGCUGAUAAUUGUGGCUUCCUCUAUGGGGACUUCAGCUUACUGGGGGUUGAACCCAAAUGGCUGGAUUGGGUACUGCGUGACUAUACCGUUUUGGUUCUUGGGCACUUUCGGGAUUUACAAGUUCUUGCCCCAGCAGAGAACGCCAAAAGUGUGGGGAGUUCCGCUCGUCCCAUGGCUUCCAUCAUUGUCUAUAGCAACAAAUUUGUUCCUAAUGGGGUCAUUGGGUUCUGAUGCUUUCCUACGAUUUGGGAUAUGCACCGUAGUGAUGCUUCUUUACUAUUUUCUCUUCGGACUCCAUGCAACCUAUGAUAUAGCACAUCAGCCACGGCAACCCGAGGAAAAACUUCAGCAGGCUGACGUUGAGGAUGACUGCAAAAGCAAGACGCCGGAGGCGCCUGUUUCUUUCCCUUAAAAGGUCUCACACUUAUGAGAUCUAAAUACUCAUCCGCCAUUUAGGAACUUCAGCAAGUUUUAGAUAGAUUAUAGCAAGAACCUGUCUCUUCCUUGCCAGAAAUAACAAAGUUAAAUAGUGUUUUUGCUAUUUAGCCUCCAUAGCACCACCUGCUUUCAUUCUGCUGCUGCCUUUUGAGCAAAAUUUCUGCAGUCGGUGAGAAGUUUCCCUGCAUUUAUUUCACAGAGAAUACUGGAAAUCAGUGCCAAGAGAAGCGUACCAAUGAACAAAAAGUUGGGACUCAAAUGAUGUAUCUCACAAGAAUUAUUGUGCUGAGCUGUGUACCUCCUAUUGAUGCUCGGUCAUAAUGUAAGAAAGAACUACAACGCACAAUA